AUGGAAGUUUACACUUUUCUUAUCUAUUUUUUAGGAGCGUUGGAAGAUGAAAAUGUCAUCGACUUUACAAGUGUCAUAGCGUUACCCCUCCCGACAGGCGUGAUCUGGGUUGAAGGACCUAAUGGUUUAGAAGGAGAACCCGCGUUUCAAUUCGCCAACGAUUCUGACGUAGUGCGACCUGCGAAGAGCAUUUUACCACUAUCCUUCCCAAGUGACUUUGCGAUCACGGUGACCGUGCGGCCUGGAAACGACGAAGGUGGCGUCUUAUUUGCUGCGACCAGCGAAGACAAUUCCAAAGUUUACCUGGGCCUGGAGAUCUUGCGUGUUCGUGGAACGACGGAUCAAUUCGAUGGCUAUAUGACCAUCAGGUUUAUGUAUCUGAAUCCAUACUUCGAAAGCAAUGAAACGGUCAGUUUCAAAGUGAACGAAUUCACAAAUAAAUGGACAAGGUUUGCUUUGAGCAAAGAGGGUGAUAUAAUAACGUUGUAUUUCGCGUGCGGUACUAAAGUCGAACAGAAAGUUGCGCAACAAACUUGGGGAGCGUUCAUUAUUCCUGGGACUAGUUUGUUCCACCUCGGUAGGGCUGGAAAUAAUGCUAAAUAUAACGUGUUUGAGGUGAGUAUCUCAUCAUUGUCGUGCCUGUGAAUCUUAUUGUUCUGCUGGGAGCCAAUCUUCGAAUAGAGCUUACAGUGGUAUUAGAUAGCCACAAUCCUGGAUAAAACAUCUGCGACAGUACCAAAAUAUUCGACCAACAUGGGAAGGGUUUUUCCAACAGUGAAUAGUGAACUUUAUUUAGGCACGGAGGCAUGUCGUUCAAAAUAAGAUAAUUUUCCCAGUCGCAGAUCGCUUGCGCAAUUGUAUAAUACAACACAAAACAAUCGUUUGUUCAUCAAUAUGUUCGUGGUCCUCGUUUGACAAUUGAAAAACACAACAAAAUGUAAAGCUCUGAUGAAUUUUGGCGCAAAUUUUAGUUGCAUUUCGACUGACUUUGAGUUGUUAGCCAAUGAUUCUUUUUGGUUUGCGUCAUGUUUACGAAAACGUCGCGUAGUUUUCUAAUAUCCAUGCAGGAAAGAUUUCGUCCUAUAAUUUAACAUGUCGUUUUUAUAACGGUCAAUUCAACGAGGUUUCCUUUAAUGGUUUCAGACUAGUAGUUAAAAGAAUUAUUUUGUAUAAUUGUGGUUUGAUUUAGGGUGAUAUCGCAGAACUUAAGCUACAUCAAGAUCCUGACGAAGCUAAGGAACAAUGCAGUGACGAUUCCGUCAGAGAAGAAUAUGUAAGUUUAUCUCAAGUGCAGGAUUCUGAUAUUUUACAAUAAGUUGCCGUGGUUGUGUAGGUUAGGUAGUAUCAUGGAUUGUAAAAUGACUGGAUAGGAAACUUCCUGAUGUCACAGUCUAAACCUAGUUGCAAUCUGUGACGUCACGCGUAUUGCCAAAGUUGUCAGCAUUUUUGUUGUUUCGCUAUAUUUUCCGCUUUAAAAGAGUAAUAUUGAAGCAUAAACUGGUCUAAUUGUUUUAAAAACAUGCCUAAGCCACGACAAAGUAUUCAAGGUAAAUGUUUUUCGUCUUUGUUUUGUAUUUUUUUUUACAUUUCUAGCUACGACUAAAUUGGCGUCGCCCAUUUUAACGAAAUUUGUGAUGCAUUUUUCACUGUUUAGUGCUUGAAAUAUUUGCUAAAAUUGACUGGGAAUACUUAGAGAUUUCAUCGUAGAAUGGCCUAGUUAUAUUUAUUUGCUCUUUGACUAAAAUGUUUAGUUGUAUUAUUGCUAAACAUGCCGUUUUUGAGAAUUUGGUUUGCAAGCUAAGUUUCAACGCCAUCAUCCCAUUGAAAACAUUAGGUCACGUCAGCUAGUUUCCUAUCCAUGUAUUUUAUUAUCCAUGGUAGUAUUCUACAAUAAGCUGUCAUAGUUUGUGUGUCCUAAAGGCGGUUUUCCAGUCCUCGCACGAACCUCCUCGCAGCUCGCUGCGAGUGCUUGCAUUUAACUAAAAUUAACUGUUUAGCAUUGUGAUUGGAUGAAAGUGCUCAUGCAUGCACUCGCAGCGAGCUGCGAGGAGCUUCGUGCGAGGACUGGAAAUCCGCCUUAACUCACCUGAAAAAUUUAUUGCAAACGUGGGAGUCGCAAUGUAGGUAGUAUUCUUCAAUAAACUGCCGUGGUUUUUUGUCUGAACUACUUGAAAAAGAUAUCUCAGACGUAUUCUACAAUAAGAUGCUGUGGUUUGUAUCUCAACAACCUGGAAAACAUUAAAAGCACUUCAUGAACUUUUUAAAAUAGUCUCAAAGCGACGAAGACUCUUAUAAUAAUUUUUGAUAAAAGAUUGUUUAACCGAGAAUACGAAUCCUAGCUGCUUCAGUGCCAGAUAAUAUGCAAUAAAGCGUAAUAUAUUGUAAAAUAUCCCUUCUCUUCUUUUACAAUCAUGAGGUCGUAUAGACCCCUGGGAACGUUUUGCCCCGGGCCACGCCGACUCUCCUUGAGGGCAGUUGUGAUAAUUAUUUGAUAUUUUGACCUCAGACAGGAGAGAAUAGCGGCGAAGGUGACGGUGGCACUACGGACGGAGGAUCAGCGUCCAGCAACACCCCCCUGACUGACGAGUACACAACUACGGCUGUAAUAAGCACUGGUGUGAUCAAAGUCAAUAUGAACACCAAAUCCAGGGGAGGCGUCUCAGAAACAACAAAUCCAAGCACCAGUAAAAUCGAAGAAGAAUUGACGACCCAACAGACUCCAUUGGUUCAACCAACAAACCCUCCUGCUACCCAAUCCCCUAUUCAGCCGUCGACGGAGGGUGCACCCCAGCCAAAAUCCACCCCUGAAACACAGGUACCCACAGAGCCUACCCCUAAACCACAGAAAACCCCUGACCCUAAAACAACUCCACAGAAAACACCCGAAGAUACCCCUGAACCCACAAUGCGAAUCAAAGUCCCUACCCAAGAAAAUAUCGUGACCAGCUCAAAUAAAAUUGAUGAAGGUUCAACAAUUGUUUCAACACCAUCACCUGUUACUGAUGCGCAAAAUGUAGUAUCUACUCCAGAACCUACUACCAAAUCAAAUGUCGCGGCUUUUGCAACAACUGCCGAAGCAUCCAAACCAAGGGUAAGUUAUACUGAUUUGUGUUUGCUAUCUAACAUGCAUUCGCCAAUUGAGUAUUAAUACGUUGUUCAUCGUGACUUCGCUUCAAUAACUAAGUCCUAAAACAGUCGGGUUAGUGUUAGCUAUUAGCCAUUCCGAAGUUGAUGAGUGGACUGGGGACGAGUGAUAAAAGUGCCCAAAUUAAGAAAUGAACCAAAUCACUAAAAAGACCACCUCAAAAUUAGUAAGUAUACAAAGUUUGAAUACGUUUACAUGAAUACCCUUCGACAUGCCCUUCGUUUACAUGAAUACCCUAAAAGAUUGUUUUUGGGACGCGCGUCCCAAAAACACAAAUUACAAUACAUUUCAUAGUAAAUAUCGCGAUUUUCGAAAGCCUGUUAUUCGAAGGGUAUUCAUGUAAGCGUUAUCAAACAUUGUAUACUUACUAAUUUUGAGGUGGUCUUUUUAGUGAUUUGGUUCAUUUCUUAAUUUGGGCAAUUUUUAACACUCGUUCCCAGUCCUCUCAUCAACGUCGGAAUGGCUAAUUAGGGUUGGGGUUAGGAUCGGGCUGUGCAGGCAAUGCGUAAUUCCUGUAUUUUUUAUGCAUUCACCAUUUUAGUUUGAACGCGUUGUUCUUCGUGACUUUCACUCGUACGUGCUAAUAUUUAAGAAUAUUUUAGAAAAACCAUUUAAUCUUUAUAACUUUUACUCGAAUAUCGGGCAGGUUAGGAUUGUUUUAACACCUGAAUAUAGGGUUAAAUUGAAGAUUCACUUUUUCAAAUACUAAGGGAUCGUUCAUUUUUUUAUACCUGAGGUUGGUACCGAAGAGAAGCGAAAAACACUGUAAAUGUUUUAUUUACCCAACCUCAACAUUGGUGAAAAUAAUGUUUACCCAACCCAUGUGUUACUGUACUGCAUAAUAAUUAUUACAUACAAGACAAGAUUAUGGUGACAGAAAUGAAGUUGCCUAAUUUCUAAAAGCAGUAAAAAGCUCACUCACACUCAAACUCACUGAGUGUGCCAAAGCAAUCACGUUCCUGCUGAUCAAUGAUACAGUCCUUCCUCAAUCACUGAUGGUCUAUUUUGGUACAGAAUGUAUUGUACACAUUUUUCUUUAUUUCCAAUGCAUGGUAAUUUUAGUUUUAUUUUAUAGCUGACAGACAGCCAUAAUUUUUUUUUACCCAACCCAUGAGCUAGUCAAAAACUUGAUUACCCAACCCAUAUCUCUUCGGUAGCAACCCCGGGUAUAAAUAAUGAACGGUCCCUAAUGCAUUAUAUAUACUACACAUGCAAAAAUCUCACAUGUUGUAGCGAGGCUGUCAACAAGCUAUGUCCUAAGUUGUCAACAAGUGUUUGUCCCAAGUUGUCAACAAGUUUGGAACAAGCUGUUGACAACUUGUAACAAUCUUAUUGAUAUUAUCAGGCUUGUUGCAAGGUUGUUCCAAAAAGUCCGACACAGUCAUGAUAUAACAAUAUUGUUACAACCUUGUGUCGUCAACCUUGUAACAUUCUCGUUAUAUCAUGACUGUAUCAGACUUAUUAGAACAACCUUGUAACAAGUCUCGUAAUGCCAUCAAGCUUGUUACAAGUUGUUAGGUAGUGCCAUCAAGCUUGUUACAAGUUGUUAACAGCUUGUUUCAAACUUGUUACAACAACUGGGAACAAGCAGUGCGAACACAACUUGCCGACAGCUUGUGAACAGAUUUGUAACAACUUGUGCGUUUUUAUGUGUGUAGUAUUUGAAUAAAUUCGACUUUCUGUUUAUUGGUUAUUCUCAGCGAGUAACUCGGUAUCUUAGUCGUCUACAUUCCUAUCGACUUUAUGAUGUCACGUAACAUUUGCAUAUGUCUCAAUUGAUGUACAUAACUCAACGAUCUAUCAUAUAAGGGGCAAAUCAUUCCCAAAAAGUGUACGAAAUUUUUGGACUUUCGAAUUUCCGGAAAUUUUUUGGUCGGACGUUUUGGGAAUUUUGGGACUUUGUGUCGUAAAUAAAACAAAACAAUGUUUUAUUGUUUUUCAUUUCCAGAUGAAGCUAUACAGCAAAACGCAUUUACAUAGUCUUUCUUGGUUUCAUAAUAAUUGCAAGAAAUGCUCAUACCAGGGACCGGUUGUAUAAAACUCUUAAUCACUUUUUAAUCACUAUUUUGUGGUUAAAUAGUGAUUAACUCUCAAAUACGCGUUUCUUAUUGGAUGACGUUUCCCUAACUGUAGUUAAGUUUAAUCACCUUUUUAUACAACCGGGCCCCAGGCAAUCGUCAGAAACCAUAUUCUAAUUUAGUAUAAAAUGACAGUUCUAAAGUAACGAUUCCGUUACAUUCUCUCAGAUUUUCGGGGAUGCUUUUUAAAUUGAGUAGUAUAUUUUAGAUUUGAACCGUAUUUUUCAUGCUUUAAAUAGCAUUUGUAAUUCUGAACGCUGAUUGGCUAAGAGCCGCGUGUUGACAUAACUCAAUAUCAACAUGGAAAAUUUCUUUCUUUAUAUUUCUUUGUGCUAUAUUAUGAAAAAAUAUAUAACAUUUUUCAGUAUUGAUAUACAGUUAUAUCAACACUCGUCGAAAUUGGGAAAACUCGAAAUUGUGUGGAAACACUCCGUGCGUCCUCGGAACAGUGUGACCAUAUAUGCAAAUUUUUUUACUAAAACUGCUUAAAAUUGGUUGGCUGCCCUCUCCUGUUCUUAAUGUUGCAGUUGUUUAAAGCAGGUGGGGUUGUCUAAGGGCAUCCAACCGGAUCUGGUAAUAAAAUGUACUAAACCUGGUCACACUGCCUCGGAAUUGUGUGAAAACCUUCUCGUUUUCCCAAUUUCCACUCGUGUUGAUAUAACUGUAUAUCAACACGGAAAAUGUUUUAUAUUUAUUAAAUCAUGAAUAUUUAUAGGGAUUUUAGUCGUUGUUUUACAGACUUUCGGCACUUCGAAAGUUUAAGCUGACUUUUUAAUUUCAUCAAAGUGCACGAGAUUUUUUGAGUGGUUUGCCCCUCAAGGAUCUAAAUUUUACAUCUAGUAUAACUCAAUCACUUUCUUAGCAAUCUACAUUUUCACCACAUGUGAAUCAAACUAUUUUGAUUACUUAUUAAUAACAUAUUUAUCUUUUUAACCCUGAUAUAUGAAAUUGCAUCGAACAGACAGUCGAUUCGCAUCUGACUGAUAAUAUGAUUCCUUGCUCUGUCGGUACGAACUGCAAUAAAGUGAGGGGUUUGUCCCAGGUAGGAAUCAAAUAUAUGUCGAUAUCAACCGCUUCAAAUGCAUUCAAUCGAUCGAUCAAAUGCAAUCAAAUCCAAUCAAUCAUUCAGUCAAUGAAAUGCAAUCGAUUAAUCAAUUAAUGAUAUAUAAUAAAUGGUAAGUGAUUGUCACGAAUGAACAUCGUUAAUGAAUGGUGAUGCACUCUUGAUUAUCUAUUGAUACAAAUUGAUUUGUUAUUGAUUAUGUUCUCAGAUACAACCAAUAUGUUGAUUGUUUAUUGGUGGGGCUCAGUAAGAAUCGAUGAGUAGCAGAUGGUGGCCAACUAGGGGCGGCGCUAAGCCUCGUUUAAUGAGGGGGGAGGUGGGGGGGAGGUAUAGUUUUGCCAAGUCUAACCUGGUCUGUAUUAGCCUACAGUAUGUACACUAAACAUUGGUUAACAUUGCAUAUACGCGGAUUAUGCAAAAGUCUCCACUUCCACAAAAAACAAACUGUCAGAUUUGUCGACUAUACUUGACUGUUUUCACGGGCACAGCAUUCUAUUGGGGGGGGGGGGCAUGUUCCCCCCGAAAAACUUUGAAAUAUAGAGUCCAUGAAAUGGCGUUUCCUCUAUUCUGGGGAAGAUUUCAAAUGACCACAUCAACGAUUGAAACUGAAUAAAAAAUACAUUGUACAUGUAAGUCGAGAAAAUCAAAGUUAAAGUUUAUGUAAAUCAUGGCGGGAAAUUUCUAUCACAUAUAAAGAUACGAUACGCUUUAUAUAAUUUUUCUUUGUGUUUUCCUCAUCAUUAUUAAUUCAAUUAUUAACUCAAUCAUAAAAUGUGACCGUUCGUUGCAUAGGAACUCUACAUAACAGAAACAUAUAUGUACAUACAGAAACAUACUAAUUGCAUAACAAAAAAGUAAAUUAGUUUCUCACUCUGAUAUAUCCACAGGUUUUUUUUUUGUUUUUUUUUAUAUAAACUUUAUUUAACUGUUUGCCCCAAAAGCCAUGCUUAUCGAGGGGGCUCACAUGAAAAAAAUAAGGAUAUAUAAAAUUAUUUACACCAAAUAACACACAAAUAAACAAACAAAAUAAGAUAGUGUUACAGAAAAGACAAGAUACAUGUUGACCACCAUCUGUGCUUAGUGAAGCCAUCUCUUUUGAUUAAUACAUAUAUGUUCUCUUAUUCUAUUUAAUAUUCUGUUUGCUUUUGACAGUACAUACUUGUAUAUCUUAUUCCAGUUAAUUCUCUUUUUGUUAAAUUUUUCUAAUGCCAUCGUUUUCAGGAGGAAAAUGGCGGAAAGACAAGCAAAUCAUCAGUAAGUAUAUAAAGAGUAAUUCUUCUUUCAGUUGCAAAACAUUUUAUUAAUUUUAUUAAAUUUGCUUCCGCUUUUUUCAGAACAAAGGCCAAAAAGGAGAAAAGGUACUUCUAAGUUUACUAUUUUUUUAUCUAGCAGUUUUAAAUAAACUUUCAUAACUUACUCACGUUAAAGCCACCUCGGUUGAAAACGAAGACUAGUAUCGAUUAUUAUAAUAAACCUUUUUUCAUUUCAAAUUUAUGUAGGGUGAUAGAGGCGACUCUGGUCCUGUGUUUACAGUCAAG